AUGGCAAGUAUUGAAGAAAUCAGACAAGAGGUGGAGGUGGCAAAGGAGCAGCUAGUGAAGGCGGAGGCUGCGUUAGAGAAGUUCAACGAGGGGGAAGACGAGGGACUAUUAUUGAAGAAAUUGAGGAGACAUAGGAAAGAACUAGAUGAAGAAGAUAAACAGGAGGACUGGGAGAAACAAGUGCGUUUGUUACAGGACAGGCUCACUGCUGCUGCAGCUCAACCAGCUACUCCGGUACCAGACUCAAUGGACAUGACCUUGAAACGAAAGCAUUAUGCUCCCACAUAUCUGAAUGAACUCAGUGGCAUAAUCCUUAAUUAUCGCACAGAAAGCCCUGACAUUCCGUUGUCAUUAUACCAUUCUGUGUUUGCAACUUUCAAAGAUGAUUUUUCCAGUCUGAAAGCUGAGGCGGGUGACUUUGAAUCACUUGGAAAACUUGUAUUAGACAUGCAAGAGUUUUAUAACGUUGAAGAUGAUCGGCUUGCCAAAUUCACUUCGUGGACUUCAAAAUAUUUUAAUUGUUCUGUUGAUACGUUACCACUUGGAGGACAUAAUGAGGCUGAUUUGCAUAUCAUUUAA